CGGCAAGAUGUGGGUGUUUGGUUACGGUUCCCUGAUCUGGAAGGUGGACUUCCCCUACCAGGACAAGCUGGUUGGGUACAUCACAGACUACAGCAGGCGCUUCUGGCAAGGCAGCACUGACCACCGCGGGGUCCCGGGCAAGCCUGGAAGAGUCGUGACUCUUGUUGAAGAUCCUGGGGGUUGUGUAUGGGGUGUUGCUUAUAAACUGCCAGUAGGAAAAGAAGAAGAAGUAAAAACAUACCUUGACUUCAGAGAGAAAGGAGGCUACAGAACCAUAACAGUGAUCUUUUAUCCAAAAGAUCCCACAACAAAACCAUUCAGUGUGUUGCUAUAUAUUGGAACAUGUGAUAAUCCUAAUUAUCUUGGUCCUGCACCUCUUGAAGACAUUGCUGAACAAAUUUUUAAUGCAGCUGGUCCAAGUGGAAGAAAUACAGAAUAUCUUUUUGAACUUGCAAAUUCUAUUAGAAACCUUGUGCCAGAAGAUGCAGAUGAACAUCUUUUCUCUUUGGAAAAAUUAGUAAAGGAACGUUUAGAAGAAAAAUAGAAUCUUAAUUACUUACAAAGACCUAGUCAUUGAUUUUUCCAAAUUAGCAGAGCUUUUAGUCUUCAGAGAGUAACUUCACUGCAUUAUGGCAAUGUGUUUUGGAAAUGUGUUUACUACAUGAAGAUAAUACUAUUUUAAAUAGUGUAGUCAGAAUACCAUCAAAUUUACAGUUUAACUGCAAGUGUCCAGAAACAUAUACUCCGAAGACUGAAGAAUACAGAAAGGAGAAAUUCAAGUUUUAAUAGCAUAAUGAUUUCCUACCUAUAAGAUAUUGAACACUUGCUCAUUAGAAGUGAGUUCUUUAGAAAUAGUCUCUAUUCAGUUGUUUUUAUCAGAGUAAAAAUCCUAUUGUUUCAUCUCACAAUACUAUUUUAAAGUUGUAGAGAAUUAAACCAAAGUCAAUACAUACAAUAAAAUUACACCUUCAAUAUAUUCCUAUAAAAUCAUUCUGUAACCAUGACAAAAUAUAUAAGCUUAAAAUAAUGUGUGAAUCAAAUACAUGGUAAUAUAGAUAAAAUUUGAACCUCAAUUGUGAAUUUCUUUAUUAUUCAGGAAUUAAAUGAGACUCAAAUUCAGGCCAAAAGAAAUUGACUUUUAGCUGGGUAAUCACACCGUUCUGGAGAUGGAGAGAGGAGGAUCUUGAGACCAGCCUGGAAUACAUAGCAAUUCCCUGUCUCAAAAAAAAUUUUUUUAAUACACUUGCUUUUUGAAUAUAAGAUUUUCCUUGAAAGUAUAAUGUGUUAUACAUCUCCUUUUUGAAAAAAAUACACAUUUUACUAGAUAGAAAACAGUCUUUAAGCUAAAGAACUCAUAUUACUCAUUAUAAAAAUCACAUCCACUAAUGAUAAUGUCACUCACUUUGUAUUUCUAUUAUAGUGAAACUGAAAAAAAAGGCUUUCUGAUAAUUACAGAUUAGUGGAAAUGUACAUAAUAAACAGCUUUUGGAUUUAAA